GAAGAUCGGGGCCGCUCGGCCGCAGGCCGCCUCCAGCGCCGCGGGAUGUAGCGCGGGGGACCGCGGCCCCCAGCAGAGCCCGCCCGCCCGGCUGUAAGUCUCCCAGGGGCUGCGCGGUGGGCAGGUACUCGGCGGGAGCGCUUGGACCCCGGGAGCCCCGACCCAGGCCUGCGGAGGAGACAGCUGUUGGGGGAACCCGCUCCGACUUGCCAGGGGGCUCGGGCCCCAGCCAUGGAGCCGCCUGGCCUCCCGGCGUCCAGCCGGUCGAGGUUGUAAACAUUUCCGGCCCCUCCCACUGCGCGCCGCCUCCGAGGCGGCCUAGGUGCGGUGGGCUCUCGUCCCCGGCUGUCCCCAGCUGUCCCCCGACUCCCGGCAGUCCUUUUAGAAGACCAAACUGGACAAUGGACUUUGCUCACUAUGAUGACAUGAUCUCCAUUGACCUCCAUUUGUCUACCAUCAGAGGGAGAUCUCUGCCCCCUGGGGCUGAGAGACCCCAACCUUUCCCCAAGCUGAAGCUGCAGGGUAUUGAGGUACCAGCCAGAUGUCUUCCCACAAAGGAUCUGUGGUGGCACAGGGGAAUGGGGCUCCUGCCAGUAACAGGGAAGCUGACACGGUGGAACUGGCUGAACUGGGACCCCUGCUAGAAGAGAAGGGCAAACGGGUAAUCGCCAACCCACCCAAAGCUGAAGAAGAGCAAACAUGCCCAGUGCCCCAGGAAGAAGAGGAGGAGGUGCGGGUACUGACACUUCCCCUGCAAGCCCACCACGCCAUGGAGAAGAUGGAAGAGUUUGUGUACAAGGUCUGGGAGGGACGUUGGAGGGUCAUCCCAUAUGAUGUGCUCCCUGACUGGCUAAAGGACAACGACUAUCUGCUACAUGGUCAUAGACCACCCAUGCCCUCCUUUCGGGCUUGCUUCAAGAGCAUCUUCCGCAUCCAUACAGAAACUGGCAACAUCUGGACCCAUCUGCUUGGUUUCGUGCUGUUUCUCUUUUUGGGAAUCUUGACCAUGCUCAGACCAAAUAUGUACUUCAUGGCCCCUCUACAGGAGAAGGUGGUUUUUGGGAUGUUCUUUUUGGGUGCAGUGCUCUGCCUCAGCUUCUCCUGGCUCUUUCACACCGUCUAUUGUCAUUCAGAGAAAGUCUCUCGGACUUUUUCCAAACUGGACUAUUCAGGGAUUGCUCUUCUAAUUAUGGGGAGCUUUGUCCCCUGGCUCUAUUAUUCCUUCUACUGCUCCCCACAGCCACGGCUCAUCUACCUCUCCAUCGUCUGUGUCCUGGGCAUUUCUGCCAUCAUUGUGGCGCAGUGGGACCGGUUUGCCACUCCUAAGCACCGGCAGACAAGAGCAGGCGUGUUCCUGGGACUUGGCUUGAGUGGUGUCGUGCCCACCAUGCACUUUACUAUCGCUGAGGGCUUUGUCAAGGCCACCACAGUGGGCCAGAUGGGCUGGUUCUUCCUCAUGGCUGUGAUGUACAUCACUGGAGCUGGCCUUUAUGCUGCUCGAAUUCCUGAGCGCUUCUUUCCUGGAAAAUUUGACAUAUGGUUCCAAUCUCAUCAGAUUUUCCAUGUCCUGGUGGUGGCAGCAGCCUUUGUCCACUUCUAUGGAGUCUCCAACCUUCAGGAAUUCCGUUACGGCCUAGAAGGCGGCUGUACUGAUGACACCCUUCUCUGAGCCUUCCCACCUGCGGGGUGGAGGAGGAACUUCCCAAGUGCUUUUAAAAAUAACUUCUUUGCUGAAGUGAGAGGAAGAGUCUGAGUUGUCUGUUUCUAGAAGAAACCUCUUAGAGAAUUCAGUACCAACCAAGCUUCAGCCCACUUUCACACCCACUGGGCAAUAAACUUUCCAUUUCCAUUCUCCUAGCUGGGGAUGGGGCAUGGUCAAACUUAGCCAUCCCCUCCUCAGCAGUUACCCUCCUCAGCAAGGCAUCUACCGGCCCCUCACAGAGACAGUACUUUGAAACUCAUGUUGAGAUUUUACCCUCUCCUCCAACCAUUUUGGGAAAAUUAUGGACUGGGACUCUUCAGAAAUUCUGUCUUUUCUUCUGGAAGAAAAUGUCCCUCCCUUACCCCCACCCUUAACUUUGUAUCCUGGCUUAUAACAGGCCAUCCGUUUUUGUAGCACACUUUUCAAAAACAAUUAUAUACCCUGGUCCCAUCUUUCUAGGGCCUGGAUCUGCUUAUAGAGCAGGAAGAAUAAAGCCACCAACUUUUACCUAGCCCGGCUAAUCAUGGAAGUGUGUCCAGGCUUCAAGUAACUUGAGUUUUAAUUUUUUUUUUUUUUCUUGGCAGAGUAAUGUAAAAUUUAAAUGGGGAAAGAUAUUUAAUAUUUAAUACUAAGCUUUAAAAAGAAACCUGCUAUCAUUGCUAUGUAUCUUGAUGCAAAGACUAUGAUGUUAAUAAAAGAAAGUACAGAAGACACUUGGCAUUCAAA